CGGCGCGCACUCUGCCCCUGUCUCUGCUCCUUCUCUCCCGCCAUCUUCUUCCCCGUUCCACGAUCGAUGGGCUCAGCUUCAGGUAAUCCACCGGAGAAAGUUCGAGAUGUAUGCAUGACUCCUACGUCCAGUCGCACGGCCUUGCAUGCCGUGCACGCACGCACAGAUGACACUAGCAGGGAGCAUGAGCAUCUGCUGGACGUCGCCGACGGGCCCAAGAUACGGGUGCGCGGGCUGCGGCGGCGGUCGGAGGCGAGCGGCGAGGAGGUCCUGCGCGGGGUGGACCUGGACGUGCCGCGCGGGGCGGUGAUGGGCGUCAUCGGCCCCAGCGGCGGCGGCAAGUCCACGCUGCUCCGCGCGCUCAACCGCCUCUGGGAGCCCGCCCCCGGCGCCGUCGCCCUCGACGGCGCCGACAUCUGCGGCAUCGACGUCCUCGCGCUCCGGCGCAGGGUCGGCAUGCUCUUCCAGCUCCCCGCCAUGUUCGACGGGACGGUGGCGGACAACGUGCGGUACGGGCCACAGCUGCGGGGCAAGAAGCUCACGGACGCGGAGGUGGAGGGCCUGCUGAGCCUGGCCGACCUCGACCCCGCCAUGUCCUCCAGGCCGGCGUCGGAGCUGUCCGUCGGCCAGGCGCAGCGCGUCGCCCUGGCCCGCACCCUCGCCAACGGCCCGGAGGUGCUGCUGCUGGACGAGCCGACGAGCGCGCUGGACCCGAUAUCCACGCAGAACAUCGAGGAGGCCAUCGUGCGGCUCAAGGAGACGAGGGGGCUCACCACGGUGAUCGUCUCGCACAGCGUGAAGCAGAUCCAGCGGGUCGCCGACCUGGUCUGCCUGGUCGUCGACGGCGAGGUCGUGGAGGUGCUCGCGGCGUCCGACCUGGCUCGGGCCAAGCACCCCGUGGCCCGGCGCUUCCUGGAGCUCAGCUGAAUAUGCUUGUUUCGCUGCGGCGAGCGUCCUUGUUCAGUGUCGACCGUCACCGACCUUUGCUUAGCUCGGGCUUCGGACUCGCUACGGCGACGAAUGUUGCGUGCGAUUUGGUGGAGUAAAUUACGCAAAACCAUACACCAUACGGGGAUAGCGAAACAGAUCAAUAACACUUGAAGAACAACUCACGUACAACCAUCGAAUUUGAGCCUAACUAUUAACACUGAUCGUCGGCUGAGCUCGCAAAAACAGCGAAAGUGCGCGGUUUUGCCCACCUAUCGAGCUGAUGUGGCAUGCCUAAAUGUACAAUUUGCUGAGGUGGACAUGGAUCAUCCACCCACCUCCUUCCUCGUCAUCUCUCUCUCCAACCUCUCGCAAAAAAAAAAUCUCUCUCUCCAACCGGCCACACAGAGGACGUCGGGGUGCACGACAUGGAGCUCCGG